AUGUCUGACAAAGGGAAAUAUGUGGCCUCUAACACGGCUAAUGCUUCCCACUCUGAUAAGCAUGAUGAUGCAAAUAUUGUGAUUGAUCUAGAGGAUGGUAGCUCUCAUGAUCAAGAGGAAAGCUUGAUUCAUCAUAUAAAGCCAAGUGUGGCUAAACGCAUGAAGACUCACAAAGGAAAAUCUGUGGGUGACCUUAUGUCAGCUAGAGAAGCUAAGAAGACUGUUGUCAUUGGUCCCUCCAAACCAUGGAGCAAGGUUGAAAUAAAUAAGAGGAAGGUCAAAGAUGAUUUUGAGCCUGAAGAGGAUGUUGAGGAAGAUGUCCCUGACAUCUCGCCUGCGAAGAAAACUACUGUUAGGAAGUCUCCUGUUAAAGUACAUGUUGUUCAUUUGGAUAACAUCUCCUUCCAUCUUGAGGAUGGAGCUGCUAAGUGGAAAUUUGUGAUUCAGAGAAGGGUAGCUGUGGAAAGGGAAUUGGGGAAAGAUGUCGUUGAUGUCAAGGAGGUCAUGGAUCUGAUACAAGCUGUUGGGCUUUUGAAGACUGUUGCUGGGUUCUCUCAAUGCUACGAAGGUUUAGUCAAGGAAUUUAUUAUUAAUAUUCCUGAGGAUAUUUCUGAUAAGAACAACAAGGAGUUCUGCAAGGUGUAUAUGAGGGGUAAGUGUAUAACAUUCUCUCCUACUGUUAUUAAUAAUUUUCUAGGCAGAAAUAAUGGGGGUGCAGGAGAAUUAGAGGUUACAGACAAUCAAGUCUGUAGGGAGAUUACAGCUAAGCAGGUGAAAGUUUGGCCUUUUAAAAAGCAUCUUCCUGCUGGGAAGUUGACUAUCAAGUAUGUUAUCCUGCAUAAAAUAGGAGCUGCUAAUUGGGUCCCCACCAACCAUAUCUCCACUAUUGCUAAUACUCUUAGGAGGUUUAUUUUUGUUGUUGGGACAAAAGUGAAAUUUGACUAUGGUAGAUAUAUGUUUGAUCAAAUCAUCAAGCAUGCAACUACUAAUGUAGUUAAGCUGUCAAUUGCUUUUCCCUCUAUGAUCUGUGGAGUUAUCUUUAAUCAACAUCCUGGUAUUCUGUGCUCAAAUGAUUUACCUAGUAGGAGAAAACCAUUUUUGUCUGUGCACUACAAACUCUUUGAAGGCAGUCAUGUUGAGGAUAUUGUCAUGACAUCUGCCAUGAGGAGGCUAGUCUCAAAAGUUGGAGCAAUUGCUGAGCUUAAGGAGACAUGCAAAGAGCUAGGUGAAGGGAUUAGGGUAGCCACAACUAGAAAACAAUCUUUGGAAGCCUUGAUUGAAAGAUUGGAGCAAGUUGAGGGUGAAAAUGUUGAACAUGCUAAUGUCAACCAUGAAGAAGAAGCUGAAGCCCACACCUCUAGUGAGAGGUCUGCUAACAAUGAUGAUGCGAGUGGCAAUUUUGCUUCUGGUGCUACUGAAGAGAAUUCUUACAGCUGUGGGGAGAAUUCUGGUGUUUAUUUGUUUGGUACAGAGGGAGAAUUCUCUGUGUUCUGUUUAUGUGAAGCAGUGUGGUUGUUGCUUGUUGUGGACUGGCUUAAGGGGGAGUUGUUUGAGGGAGAGUACAAGCACUUGUGUGUCCUGAUGUUUGCUAGUUAG